GGCAGUGAGUAAUGGAAGCCUCUUUUGUAGAAGCGGUGGCCGCAUCUUUGGUGAGGGAGUUUCUCAGCAAGAAGGGUUUGAAAAAAACAAGCAAUGUGAUGGACGAAGAGUUCCCACGUACAGCUCUUAGCAUCAACAACAGAAAUGAGCUUCGUAAUAUUUUACACCUACAGUCUAUGUACAAACAAAACAAGGCAACGGAGAACCCCCUAAAAACUAUUCUUGAACUCAUGACUAGCUGUUUUCUGGAGAAUACAAGCAACACCCAAGGGAGUAAGGGCAGUCCAUCAGUCUCACAGAACAAGCUCCCCCAGCCCAGAAGUAUAGAAAGCUCUAUAAAUAAGAAUUCUCUCUCCGAUGAAUCCACAUGUGGGCAAACAACAUCCGAAAGAAACAGAAUUGAAACCUACAGAUAUGAGAUUGAUGAGGAAAUCUCCCGUCCAUCUGGCCUCUCCAGGCUCCAUCCUCACAAGAGAAGCGAGAGGAGCAAGACCGGGCCCACGUUCGAUAGCAACUCACCUCCUGAGGGAGAGAAGAAAUUUGCCAAUCUCUAUGAGGGCUUACAAACACCAGAGCUGCCUUUGGAGACAAGAACAUCCAUGAGGGAAAACCCCCAAGCCAGGCCAACUCCAAGUCUCGGUGUCAAAGGAAUGAAGAUGGGCCCUAUGGACAGUUCUCAAGAGGAUUCCUUGAAAAGGAGGCAUCUAAAGCGACCCUCUGGAAUUGGUAGCAUAGCACUACUCGGAGAGAAAGACAGUACAAAGAGCUCUUUCACUGUGCCAUUGGAUGAAUCCCUGGAGAGUAUAGGAAUUUCCAGGCAAUCUGCAAAUUUCUCAUCAUGCAGUGGCAAUUCCCUAGACAUAAGCAAGGAUCAUUCACCCAAGGUUCUGUUUAGUCCAUAUGCAGCCACAGGAGAUGAAAUAGCCAAACGUUCAGCCGGUGGUCGAGACAACUUGUUUGCCAAACUGAAAUCGGAGAGACAACAAACUACAGAAAGGAAACCUACGUCUAGCUACAAUAUGGAGAUGAACGAGGAAAGCCAUCACUUAAACAUUUUCCCAAGACACAUGGCAGCUGGAAGCAAGAAUAGAGCAAGAUCUCCCCAAAAGAGUCAAAAUCAAUUUUCGGAUUGCAGAAAGACCCCAACACUCGCUGCCAGAAGAGACUGUCUACACAGAGAUUCUCUAGAACUCGUUGACGUUGAGGAUGACGAAACAGAGGAGGAGGCUUGCAAGAUCCCUGAUCCUUCUACUCUCUAUGUACUCCAAGUGACAUCAAAGCCCAUUGACUUCUUCCUUGCAAGAGAUCUAAAGACCCUGUUGUUUGGCUCCAGUCUCGGCUGCUUCAAUGAGGAAUGGAAAAUCCAGAGCUUUGCCUUCAACAAUAGCCCUCAACUGAAGUACGGCAUCAUACAGAAGAAGGGUGGGCCAUGCGGUGUACUGGCAGCAGUUCAAGCCUGUGUCCUGCGACAUCUUAUCUUUGGAGACAGCAACAGGAACAGCAACGUUUGGUGCAUCCAGACCUCAGAAGCUCACCGAACCAAAUGCCUUACUUUGGCUCUGGCCAGCAUUUUAUGGCGUGCCGGCAGCAGCGAGAAAGCCGUGGUUGCCUUGAGUUCAGGAACGCAGCAGUUCACUCCCGCUGGCAAAUACAAAGCAGAUGGGAUCUUGGAAACGCUUAUGUUGCACUUCCUCACAAAAUAUGAAGACCUGCUGAUGUUUCUGCAACAACAUAUCCAUCAGUUCGAAGCCGGUCCAUAUGGUUGCAUUCUUCUGACUUUAUCUGUGAUAUUAUCAAGGUCCAUCGAUCAAGUUCGUGGAGAUUUUGAUGUGAUCACAAACCAAUUGAUAGGCGCGCAUGGAUACUGCACGCAGGAGCUGGUCAACCUGCUGCUGACUGGCAAAGCUGCAUCCAACGUUUUCAACGAUGUGAUGGGGCUGGACUCUGGAAACGGCAACGUCACGGUUUUAAAAGGCAUCACCGGCCGCAGUGACGUCGGCUUGCUGUCCCUCUUUGAGCACUACAGCAUCUGCCAGGUCGGCUGUUAUUUGAAGACCCCCAAGUUUCCCAUUUGGCUGGUGUGCAGCGAAAGUCAUUUCAGUGUGCUCUUCUGCUUGAAGAAGGAUUUACUUGGGGACUGGAAAAUGGAGCGGCAGUUUGACCUAUAUUACUACGACGGCUUAGCCAAUCAGCAGGAGGAGAUCCGUCUAACAAUUGAUACGUCACAGCCAUAUGCCGAAGACAAAGAAAAUGACCUCAUUCCUCCCCUUGAACACUGCAUUCGGACCAAGUGGAAAGGAGCUGUGGUGAACUGGAAUGGCACAGAACCCAUCCUGUGACCCAUCUGACCCGAUCAACUGAAAACAAACCUAUUCCCACACUUGGAGGAAGCCGGGCAGGUGCUGUGCUUGACUUCAUCGCAUGCAAUGAGACUGGACGGCCAAGGACGGACAACGGCAGCGUUUCUUCUUGAAUGCCAUGUGCUCUGCCUUUUGUGUAAACAGGGGCUGCACCAAGGUGGACCUGCUUUCCUUUGCUAUAUGGUGUGUGUGUGUGUGCGCGCGCACGAGCCUGUGUGUGUGAAAGUGGAGAAUCAACCCUGACAGCCAGACACAAGCUGCGGAAAAAGAGCAGUAAAUCUGUCACCAUCUAGCCACGUUCCAGUUUCUGAUUCCACUCCACGUCCUGCGAUUGUAUCUACUGAACACCGACUGCACCCACGUUUCUUUUUUAGCAUCGACUCUCCAUUCUCAAGGAAACAGAAGCAUAUACAAAAAAAAAAAAAGUUAGACAAAAUAAUUCUUCCCAAUAGUGGUAAUGUUUUCAACACACUUUGGACCAAAGGAUAUCACCGUCAACUUUUAAUGACCUGGUAUCUGCUCCUUUUGUCAAGACUCCUGGCUACUGGGAGACUGAAACCAAUAGCGUUGCCCCUCUCUUAUUUGCGCUAAAAGAUGUUUUGUCUUAUCUAGGCCACAGAAUACCGCUUAACAAUGAGAAUCAUUGGCCUGGUUUGCAUGUAACGACGACCCAGAGUAUGAGUUGCAUAUGGGUUGUCAUUGAAUCAUGUGUGGCUGUUACAUGCAAACCCUGUACUAUGGUUUAAUUAAGGUUUGUACACCAUGAACAAUCCUGGAAGAGAACCCCUGGUUUGUUGUUGGGUGUGAACUCCAGGUUGUUCAGAGUUAGCAACCCAGAGUUAAACCAUAGUGCAGGUUUCGCAUGUAAUGACAACCCACGAUUCAACGACAACCCACGAUUCAAUGACAACCCGUAUUCAAGCCAUACUCUGGGUUGUCGUUACAUGUAAACUAGGCCAUUAGGUUACAGUCUAAGCACUGAAUGUAGGUACUGUAAGCUAGAUCACUUUUAUUUUAAGAAGGAGGAAGAUGUAAUGGUUUACAUACUAUGUAUCUGAGCUGGCCAAGACAUCAUUUUCACCACAGGGGCUAGCUUCUCCAGGGCAGUUUCCCUCAACCACCUCAAUCAAUUCAAUAUACUAGAAGUUAGCAUGUGAAUCUAGGUCAUAAUAUAAUAGCUUUCCCUACUCUGGACAGGCCAACAUAAUUAACAUGGAUUAUGGGUAAGGAAGCUGACUAUGGUACGGUCCUGACUCAUGCAGAUUCAGCAGACGAUAUGGCUAGGCCUGGAGAAGAGAAUUUGGCAUGGGGAUGCCAAACUCCCUGGUGACUGAAAUGUCUAGACUGGGUCUCCCAUCACAGAAGCAUUUCCAGGAAUUCUAUCAAAUGCAUUCUCUGGAAACAUAUAUAAAAUAUACACCCUAGGACAGACAUGGGCGGUGUCUGCCUUCACCGGUCAGAUUCACUGAUUACACAGUGUGUUCACAUCGUCUUUUCCUUGUGGCACAGUACCCUUUCUGAGUCUGAAAUAGUCAUGAACUACGAUAAGGAAGCUUUGAGGAUGUAUUCUGUUAUGUUGGUGGAGGGGAUGUGGUGGUGGUGGGGUCUUAGGGGAGAAAUGGUCAAGAGGCUGAAAGCAGUCUAUACGUUCCCCACAUGUACCUUAGGGUUCCAGAAGUGAAGUAUGCCCACUGACACAUCGUCUUGGCUACAUACAAUUCCUUUUUCUGUUAAUCAAAUCAAAAAUAUGCUGUUUAGGAGCAAUAUCUUUCAUGGAAAGUAGUUUGGGCUUGCUCAGCAGAGCUUCAGAAUUCCAAAAAACCUAUUGUACGUAGUAGAUAUUUAAUUGUCAAUUUUGUAAAUAAAACUAGGCUUAAAAAGGAACAUUGGACCUUAAUUAUUAUAUUUCAACAAUGAAGGCAUUUCAUGUUGAUCUUGACUAUACUGCCCAGG